CAUAAACCAAACGAGACCCUGCUGUGGAGAACAUCCACACAAAUCAAGAUCAUCUCAAGAUGUGUUUCAGAGCUCAUCGCUUUAUUAAGCCGAGCCCCUGAGCAGAGACACUGUUAUUGGAGCAGAAAGCACACGGAUCACAGACACUCCUCUGACAGACGGAGCACAUGCUCUCUCGUUCGCACGGAUCCCGGACCUCCACCUCUCUUCUCCUUGUCGCUCCGCGUCUGUGCUGGAUUACAGUGUUGGAGUAUCUCAGCGGAGGAAGAGAGAGCAUCCUCAUCCUCCUCGCACUCAUCCGUCAGGGACUCGCGCUCCGGACUCAGACUGCAGCUUCAUGGGAAAGACGCUGGAGCAGCAUCAGAUGUUCCCACACUACACCUGCUACUACCAACCCUGCGCUCACAGCAAGCCAUAUGCCCCGCCCCCUCAUCCGAUGGCCCCGCCCAGUCCAGGAAGCAGCAGCUGUAGUCAGAGUGCAGUGGAGCAGCUCAGCAAAACCAACCUGUACAUACGAGGACUUCCACCUGGAACCACAGACCAGGACCUCAUCAAACUCUGCCAACCCUAUGGGAAAAUUGUGUCUACUAAGGCCAUCCUGGACAAGAACACAAACCAGUGCAAAGGUUAUGGUUUCGUGGACUUUGACUGUCCUGCAGCAGCGCAGGAGGCCGUCUCGUCUCUGAAGGCCGCCGGUGUGCAGGCGCAGAUGGCAAAGCAGGAGCAGGACCCCACUAACCUGUACCUGUCUAAUCUACCCGUCUCUGUGGAGGACCAGGAGCUAGAGACGCUGCUCAAACCCUUCGGUCACGUGAUCUCCACGCGGAUCUUACGGGACUCCAGCGGCGCAAGCAGAGGUGUCGGCUUCGCCAGGAUGGAGUCCACAGAGAAAUGUGAAGUUGUCAUACAGCAUUUCAAUGGGAAAUAUCUCAAGACAGCAGCAGGAACCCCAGGUCCGUCAGAGCCGCUGCUGUGUAAGUUUGCUGACGGAGGUCAGAAGAAGAGACAAACUCUGAGUAAAUAUCCACAGAACGGCCGAGCGUGGAGGGAAGGAGAGAUGGGAAUGACACUCACAUACGACCCUGCUGUCAUGCAGAAUGGGUUCUACUCUUCUCCGUACAGCAUCACUGCUAACCGGAUGAUCGCGCAAGCUUCCAUCACUCCGUUCAUCACCACUUCACCCGUCUCUACAUAUCAGGUUCAGAGCACAGCAUGGAUGCCGCAGCAGCAGCAGUAUGUGAUGCAACCGACAAGCUGGACUGAUGAGCGUUCCCUACAGACACACAGCACUGUAUCUGUGCCUCCAGCGGCCGUAAUGACUCCACUAACACAUCAGAUGAGUCAGCUGACUCUGGGAACUUCUGCUAAUUAUAUAACGGCUCCAGCUCCUGUGGGCCCUAUGCAAGGAACAUUCAUCCAUCAGUUAACGCCGGUCCCUCCGUCAGCACUUUCUGUAGAGGGUGUAGUAACAGAAACUCCCUCGUCACAGGACGUCCAUGUAGCACGGCAACAGAUCACCAUGGAAACCAGCAACCACAUUCAAGCCUGCUCCUACCAGCCCAACAUCCUGAAGAGGUGAAUGUACGUCAGCGUGGCCUUCUGAUGAAGAUACAGACACGUCAUGAACUUCCAGGUGACCUCAGCACCAAAAACACUGACUUGCCUCAUUUCCCCCGGACUGCAGGACUCCGCAGGGCCGCUUCAUGACCGGAUGAGGUUUAUCGCUUUAUUAUUAUUAUUUUAAUUUUUUUUGUGUAUGUUGGACUGAAGCUUCUUCAGAGAGUUCAUAAAUAUGAAAACACUGCGUGGAUACGAUGUAAAAUGAAAAAGAAGAACAUGUAUCGUCUUCCUCAGAUAUUAAGCUAUCACAUUUUUAUAUUCUGUUGAUUUUCUUCUGUCAAAUCUUGGUUUUGUAGGAAUUUACACAUCUAAAUUUGCCUUAAUUUUAAAUACAUCUGAAUUUUGUUUAAUAUCUGGUUUCAUGUGUAAAUCAUGUUGGGACAGAAUCCUGAUAUCACAUUUUCUUCAUUAGAAGAAAAAUGAGGUAAUUAUAAUUUUCCCAAAUGGAUUUCAAUUUUACUGAACAUUAAUUUUCACAAAGAGGGAAAAACAGUACAGCAGUUUGCUGCAAUUGAUAAACAUGCUUUUUUUUCUUUUUUUUACAUUUUCUAAUUGUUUUAUAUAUCAAUUUUGAUUUAUUUACAUUACAUUUGAAUCUUCUUUUUACUUUGUAAUAUUUGAUCAUUUUAUAUGAAUUUAUUUAAUUGUACGUAUUAUAUUUGAUUUUAAACCUUAACUUUUAAAUUAAGUUUAAUGCUUUAGCCUGCUUUGUAAUGUUUAAUUUUUUUGUUUUUUAAUUAAUUAUUUUAUUUUAAUUUGACAUUUUUAUGAUUUAUUUUCUAGUUUUUUUUGUUUUUAUUUUAAAAUGAUGUAUUUUAAGUUUUUUUAGUAAGUGUUUUAUUUUGCUUAUUUUUUUUAAUUAUUUGUAUUUCACAUUAAGAUUUAAUUUGAUCAAUUUACACAUUACAUUUGCUGUUGAAUCUAUAUUUAAAUUAACUCACCCAUCACAAAUUAAAAACUUAAAGCUAAAUGAAAGCAAAAACAUGGCUGAAGUAUGAGCGAUUGUUGAUGCUGAUAUUUGAACUCAGUCUAAAGCAAUAGAAGAAAUAGCUCCUGUAGUUUUGUGUAUAGUUAUGAAUGAAAGCGUUCGUUUCUAAACCAAAGAAACCUUCUCCAGAUCUUUUGCUCUGAGUAUGUUGAUGUUGUUUCUACAGCUGCUAUUGUUGUUUUUAUUAUUAUUGUGUUCAAUUCUAUUAUUUGUAUUGUGUUAACCAGUUAAUUAUUGAUCAUCUCUUUCUGUACAAUCAUGAGCGAGAUCCACAGUUUCCAGAAAGCGCAUUUGAACAGUAAAGGAGGAAUGUGAUCAGAUGAUGUUCGUGCUUCAUCUUCUCUGAGGAAGAGCUGGUUUUGUGUCUUGGGUUGGUGUUAGAGAUGUAUCUCUCUUUAGACGCUCGAUUAGCCCUGACAGCUCUAUUUGUCUUGCCACAGGCCAUUAGCUAAACGCUGUUAGUCCUCAACAUCACGUACGAUUGGUGUUUAGGAUGAGUCCGAUCUGGCCACGAGUCAGACCAGCGUACUGAAGCUGAGAUGAGAAACAUCUUAUUCUUUAAAAACAUUCUGUCAGCCGAACCCCUUUGACCUUAAUUACUUGAAGAAUUGAGAUUUUAAGUGAAUAUUUCAAUAGUUUAACAACACGUUUGCAUGUUCAUGGUUCUUUGAGGUUGGUUAAUGGACAUAUAACAUGUAUAAUCAAAUCAAAUAUUUAAUCUUUUUUAGUAAAGAUUUAUUUAGAUUUUUUUUUUUUAUUUAUGUAUUUUAAUUUAGCAUUUUUAUAAUUUAACAAAUUUUUAAUAAGGCUUUUAUUUUUUUGUGUAAAUUUUUUUUAACCAUUUAUUUAUUUUAAUUUCCCAUUUUUAUGAUUUAAUUAAUGUUUUGUUUUUAUUUUAAUCAUUUAUUUUAAUUAGACUAUAAUUUUGUCAAAAUGUCAAAAAUAUGAUUUAUGAUUGAAUUUCUUGUUAAAACUG